CAGUUCUGAGCUGAGGUUCAGUGUGGGUGAGGUUUUGGCUUCAUAUUCUCACAUCUGGAUCAGAUUAGACAUUCCAGCUUUUGGAUGGAUGAAGCUUUGUUCCUCCCUCCUCAUUUCUGCCCCAACGCCUGAGUGGGCAGACAGCAGUGAAUUCCAGGAUAAAAAAGAAGACUCAUUCUUUUCUCAUAUCUGUGCAAAUUCAAGAGAAUUGGUGUCCUUUUCCACCGUUUGGACAGACCUGUGCAGAGAAGGAAACAUCAUGGAGCUUUGGGCUUUGAUGCAGCUGCUCCUCCUAGGAACACUGUUGGGCGCAGCUCAGGGACAAGGAGAUGAACUCAGCUCUGAAGAAGAACGAAAAGCUCUGAUGCUCAAGCAUUUGCAAGAAGUCUUGGAGUUGUCCGAAAUGACUGACCAAGAGGAGCCCCAUGAGGUGGUGUUGACCGAAGUGAAGGAACCAGAUGACAAGGAGAAGCUGGAUGAAGAGACCAAGAAGGAAGAACUUAAAGAACAGGUUCUGCAGCCUACCCAGCCAUGGCUGGCAUCUACAGCAGCCCCAUCCGAGGAAGAGGAUAGCUUCACUUAUGUGUUAUCACGACUGAACAGUCUUGAGGCAGCGGUCCACCGUCUCAACGUGCAAUUCUAUCACAUGGAUGUUCGAGUGUCACAGUUCUCCCAAGGUCUGGCUGAAUUGAAAGGGGGCCUGGCUCAGGCUAGUGAGUCACUUGCCUCUCUGAAUGAAGUUGCCACACGCAAUCAGAAAGAACUUGGACGCAUUGAUGGUUGCUUGCGGGGCCGGCGCACUCAAACAAAAUGCUUCCUGAUCUUCAAGCACUUUGAAGUCUAUGACGCAGCCCAAAAACUUUGUGAAGCCAGAGGAGGGCAUUUAGCCAUGCCAGUGGAUGAUACUGAGUUGACUGUCCUGCGCCGCUAUCUUUAUGAUGCUUUUCAGCCCUACAACUGGCCAUCCUGGGUGGGCAUCCAUGACCGGCGUUCUGAAGGGUUGUGGCUUUUUGAGAAUGGUCAACGCGUCUCUGUCUUUGAUUGGUACCGAGACCAUCUGGUGACUCAACCCAAUGGUGGUACCCGUGAGAAUUGUGUCUCCCUCAGCUCGGAUGAUGGGAAAUGGUGGGACAAUGACUGUGAAAGGCGCAUGUAUUACAUCUGUGAAUAUCGCCUCUAGUGUUGUAUCACUUUUCAAUGCUCAGUCCUUGGUGGUUUUGGUUGCAUUGGUACCUUUUCACUACCGGCCUAUGGGUGCAGCGACAGCUAAAAGUUCUGGACAUUUCGCCCCUCCCCAAUUUUAUAUAUGGAUCUAUUUGCUUUCCUUUCUUCACCUGCCAUACCCCCCCAGCCUAAUACUCUCCAAAUGUAAGGAAUGGUAGCUUCCUGAUAUUUUUGUCAGGAUGAAUUUUUUUAUACUGGGCAAAUUUCAGUCCCAAACAGACAGCAUUUCACUCAGAAAGCAGUAAUAUCCUAUAGUCUGCAGAGAAAACUGGAUUUUUUUAAUUCUUUUAUUAAAAUAGGUAAUAUGUUCAGUGUCUAAAA